GUGUGUACUGUAUGUGUGUGUAUCUCUGUAUAAGUGUUCGUGUGUGUGUGUGUGUGUGUUCGUGUGUGCACUGUACAGCUGAGAAGGAAGUUGACUGCAGUGCUCUGUUCUGUAUUCUCCGUAGAGCCACCUCCUGUUCCUCACACUGCAGACAGCACACAGCAGCAGACGAUCUGACGGUCCUCUAACAAGGUGACGCACACUCCCCAGCGUUCUCCCCAACAGUCCACAGACUACAUUUACGCCGGUGGCCCACAGUUUACGGCAGCGAGGGCGUUCGUCAUGGCGUUGUGCGCGAGCAUGAGUGCGAGUGUUCUGCUCGAGGAGCACCUGCAGUGCCCCAUCUGUCUCCACCUGCUGGUCGACCCGGUAACUACGGCCUGCGGACACAACUACUGCCGUUCCUGCCUGGCCCAGUACUGGGACAAGACCGCGCUCUGCAGAUGCCCCCUCUGCAAGGAGGCGUUUGCCCACCGCCCCAAGCUGCGCAUCAACACCAUCCUGCGCGACAUGGUGGAGCUGUUCGCCCAGAGCACCGCGGCCGCCGCCAUCGCCGAGGGAGGAGUGGGGUGCAACCUCGGAACCUCGCCCUCCUCGUCCAAGAUCUCGCCGGAGGACGUGAUCCCGACGCCGCCCAUGGCGCUGCCGGGAGAGGUGGCGUGCGACGUGUGCGGCGGGCCCGGCAAGCUGCGAGCGCUCAAGUCCUGCCUGGACUGUGGCACGUCGUUUUGUGCACUACACUUGGAGAUCCACCAGAGGGCGCCCAAGUUGCAGAAACACACGCUCACCGAACCCCUGCAGGACCUGGAGGAGCGUGUGUGCCAGAAGCACCGGCGCCCCCUGGAGCUGUUCUGCAGGGAGGACCGCGUGUGUGUGUGUGAGUUCUGCACCGAAGGAGAACACAAGAACCACAACACGGUUCCACUGGAGGAGGAGAGCAAGGAGCGGAAGACUAAGUUGGGCAAGACGCAGGCGGAGCUGCUGGAGAUGAUUCUGGAUCGCCUGGACAAGAUCAGCGAGAUCAAACACUUUGUGGAGCUCAGGAAGAGGAGCACGGAGGAGGAGGUGGCGGCGGGGGCGGCGUUGUGUGCGUCGGUGGCGGCGUGCGUGGAGCGGUCGCGGCAGGAGCUGGAGGACUCGCUAACGCAACAGCAGGCGGCCGCGGAACGCCAGGCUGAUGACAUCAUCACGGAACUGCAGAACGACAUCGCACGCCUCAAGACACGCAGCACAGACACCAUACACCUGCUCCACACCGAGGACAACCUGAGGCUGCUACAGGCGGACCCGGCCCUGUGCCAUAUCCCAGAGACGCGCGACUGGUCGGCGGUGCGCGUGGACACACACGUGUGUGUGGAGUCGGCCGUACGCAGCAUGGAGGACACACUCAGAACACAACUACAGAAGAUACCAGAGUGGAAGCUCAAGAGGAUUCAGCAAUAUGAAGUGGACGUGACGUUGGACCCGAUGACGGCACACCCCAAGCUGUUGGUGUCAGCUGAUCGUAAAGAGGUGUGGUGCGGAGACCGGCAGCAGAAGGUUCCGCCCAGCCCCCUGCGCUUCGACUGCUGUGCCUGUGUCCUAGCAACGCAGCGCUUCUCAUCCGGGAGACACUACUUCCAGGUGCGCGUGGGCGGCAAGACGGGGUGGGGCGUGGGCGUGGCCAGCGAGAGCCUGAACCGCAAGGGUGAGGUGGGCGUGUCCCCAGAGGACGGGCUCUGGUCUCUCGUCCUGAGGGGCGGGGCCGAGUACUGGGCGGCCGACCACACGCCCCGCCUCCUGACGGUUGCCGGGGGCGACCUGCAGACGCUGGGCGUGUUCCUGGACUACGAGGCGGGACGCGUCUCCUUCUACGACGCCGACAACGCAGAGCUGCUCUACACCUUCGCAGACGCCGCCUUCACCGACAGGCUCCACCCCUUCUUCAGCCCCUACAACAACGACGGCGGAGGCAACGCAGCACCAUUGGUCAUCCUGCCUAUCAGCAACGCCGGGGCGCUCUACGCCUUGACAGACACACUCCAACAUCUUCAGCUACGACGGCUGGGAGGGCAAGGCAACGCAGCUCCACUGGUCAUCCUGCCUGCCUAUCACCUUAUCCAAGCAGUCAGUCCACUGGUUACCAUGGCGGCGGUGGCGAACGGGGCCCUGUCGGCGGAGCAGUUCCAGUGCCCCAUCUGCCUGGACGUGCUGAACGAGCCUGUCUCCACGCCCUGCGGACACAACUUCUGCGCCGCCUGCAUCAAGCGCAACUGGGACGGCAGUGUGACCUGCCAGUGCCCGCUCUGCAAGGAGACCUUCUUCCGGAGGCCGGCGCUCAAGGUCAACACCACCCUGAGGGACGUGGCUCAGAUGGUGAAGAGCCAGAGGGACAGCGGCGUCGACCUGGUGCCCGCCCGAGAUGGAGACGUGCCCUGUGACGUCUGCAGCGGAGAGGGCUGCAGCACCAAGCUGCGGGCGCUCAAGUCCUGCCUGGACUGCGGCACGUCGUUUUGUGCGCUACACCUGGAGAUCCACCAGAGGGCGCCAAACCUCCAGAAACACACGCUCACCGAGCCCCAGACCAACCUGGAGGAGCGUGUGUGCCAGAAGCACCGGCGCCCCCUGGAGCUGUUCUGCAGGGAGGACCGCGUGUGUGUGUGUGAGUUCUGCACCGAAGGAGAACACAAGAACCACAACACGGUUCCACUGGAGGAGGAAAGCAAGGACCGGAAGAGCGAGCUGGAGAAGACCCAGGCGGACCUGAAGAGUAUGAUCCAGGAGAGGCAGGAGAAGAUCGCCGAGAUCAAGCACUCUGUAGAGCUGUGCAGGUUGUCAGUGGAUGCGGAGGCGGCUGCGUUGUCGGAGUUGUUUCUGUCGCUGCAGUCUGCGCUGGAGAGGAGCCGCUGCAACCUGCAGGGGGCACUAUUGGCCAAGCAGCGCGCCGUCGAGUCGCACGCUGAUGACAUCAUCAGUACGCUGCAGCGGGAGAUCGACACCCUGCAGGGCAGAGACAAGCAGCUGGACGAACUCUCACACACACAAGACUUCCUGCAUCUGUUACAGGUGUAUGCGGGUGUGUGUGCGCUGCCUCCCUCCAGGAGCUGGUCUCUGGUGAGUGUGAAGACCUAUCAGGAUGUGGAUGCUCUGAGGCCCAUCGUCUCACGACUCGAGAGCGCCAUCAACAGGGAGAUGGACGACCUGCACGAGACACAGCUGAAAAGAGUACAGCAGUUCACAGAACUCAGCAAAGUCCAGCAGUAUGCAGUGAAUAUAACUCUGGAUCCGGCCACUGCAAACCCUUUCCUCCAGCUGUCGGAGGACCGCACACAGGUGUGCUGCGGUGAGAAGCGUCAGAAGGUUCCGGAUGCGGCGGUGCGCUUCGACCGGGCGGCCUGCGUGCUGUCCAGAGAGGGCUUCUGCGGACGCUUCUACUUCCAGGUCGUGGUGGGCGGCAAGACCAGCUGGGACGUGGGCGUGGCCCGGGACUCGGUGACCCGGAAGGGAAAGGUCAAGGCGACCCCGGACGCCGGCUACUGGACGGUCGCCCUGAGAAACGGAGGCAUCCUCGUUGCCAAGGAGACCAACCCGGUUCCCCUGGCGACGGGGACAGUGGGGAUAGAGAAGGUGGGCGUGUUCGUGGACUACCCGAGGGGCGUGGUCAGCUUCUACGACGUGCUAAACAUGGCGCACCUCUACUCGUUCACAGGGCAACGCUUCAGCGGGAGGUUACGCCCCCUGCUCAGCCCCGGCCAACGGGAGAAGGGCAGGAACACCGCACCUCUGACCAUCUCUGUAGACCGCCCAAUCACAUGAGCCAUCUCCGUCAAUCGGCCAAUCACAUGAGCCUCGGUGCUGCUGCCGCUGAGAGACUGUCCAAUCAGAGCUUUGUGUGGUUUAUUUGCGUGUUUUGCUUGGUCCAUCCCUACUAUAUGCCUUAUGUGCGUUUCGAGUGGGACCUUCUCAAAUGCUUCCAGCAGAAUGUUUUGGCGUUAUUUGACAAAGAGAGACAUAAAGUACUUGGAUAUUAUUUGUAUUUAUUUAUCCUUUAUACAGCCAGGAUUGUCCCAUUGAGACCAAGUGUCUCUUCAGUCAGUGAGUCCUGGUCAUUAUGUUGUUCUCAACAGUGUAGUUUAGUGCUGCACUAAAGUGCAAAGUAAACAGGACCCUUUGGGUUUGAAUGCAACAUCAUACUGUAAUUGUCCACCAUGAACACACAGAUGACAUAAAACCAAAACUUUGACUGGAGCAAAUCACUCGCAAUGCACAUGUAGCUAGCUGGCCCAUUAGCAAUGUUGACAAUUUGUUGUUGUCAUGAAUAACUGAUUGGUGUUUAUUUACACAACACACCAAUAUUUACUUGGUUGCCAAACAAUAAAUACACAUCUUCAUCAUA